AUGUUUAUAGUAAAUGAUUUUCAAGAACGUAUUCUGUAUGGAGAGGAUGUGAAAAUAGAGGACUAUCCUUUCUACGCCGCUCUUCGUAUCGAGUACGAAGAGCCGAGAGGGAUGGUGGGAACCUGUGGUGCAGCCAUUAUUUCUGAUAUUUGGAUAUUAACCGCAGCACAUUGCGUCUCAGGACAACAUUCAAACGAAAUAGGCUACGUUUAUGUCGGUGGCGAAAGCUUCGAUAACAGCCUUCAAGUUUCGUACAAUAAAGUUAUCGUACACGAAAACUAUCAAUUGUUAAACUUACUUACCGAAUUCAAAAUAUAUGUUCUACCAAUCCAUGAUAUAGCCUUGAUCAGACUAGAAUCUCCCCUGACAUUCUCCGAUAAAGUUCAACCUAUCAACCUACCGAUGUAUCCCAUGUCAGACACUAACGUGAAAGUCAUUGGCAGAGGAAGAGAUGAGACGUCCAAAUUGGAAAGAAAUAUUUGUACAACUACACUACACCAGAGCGGUGGUGCUUGUCACGGUGAUUCGGGAGGUCCUCUAUUCAAUGGCAACACUCUAGUAGGUCUUGCAUCGUACUUAGGGAACAAAACGUGCGAAACCACACGUGUAGCAUUUUACGUCAACGUUGCGUCUUAUGUUCCGUGGAUUAUGAAUAAUAUUCGUCCUUAA